UAGUGCAGAAAACUCUAGGCAGAGAGGAAAUGAACUUGAGAGAAGGAGGAACACACGGCAGAGAGAGAAAGGGAGGAGUGAAGAGUGAGGGCUGAAGUGCAGGGCCACCGAGAUGAUCAGAAGAUGGACGAAGUGGUGGUGAAGCAGGGCUACCUGCACCUUCAGCAGCAGCAGACCUUUGGAAAGAAAUGGCGGCGAUUCUGGGCUGUGCUGUACAGAGGGUCCAGUUGUGCCUUGGCCCGGCUGGAGCUCCAGGAAUGCCCGGAGAAACAGCGCCGUGGAGAGGCUGCCCGGCGGGUUAUCCGCCUCAGUGACUGCUUGCGGGUGGCCGAGGCCAGUGGGGAGGCCAGCAGCCCCCGGGACACCAGUGCCUUCCUCCUGGAGACCAAGGAGCGCCAGUGGCUGCUGGCAGCCCCCCCUGCAGAGCUUGGUGACUGGAUGCAGGCCAUCUGCCUGGUGGCCUUCCCUGGACAGAGGAAGGAUCUCUCAGGGCCCAGGCUGGAGGGUGUGCUGAGGAAGAGCGGCCAGCCCUGCAUGGAGGAGAACGAACUGUACAGCAGCUCGGCCACAGUGGUUGCCCAGAAGAAGUUUUCUGUAACCAUAAGACCCACAGAAGCCAGCGAGAGGUGCCGGCUCCGGGGAGCCUAUAUCCUCCAGGCUGGAGAGAGUGCCCUAGAGCUGUGGGACAGCCCUGAGCUGGGCACCCGGCUGUAUGACUGGCCCUAUAGGUUUCUGCGGCGCUUUGGGCGGGAUAAGGUAACCUUUACCUUUGAGGCAGGCCGGCGCUGUUUCUCUGGGGAGGGCAACUUUGAGUUUGAAACCCAGCAAGGCAACGAGAUCUUCUUGGCCCUGGAGGAGGCCAUCUCUGCCCAGAAGAACGCUGUCUCUCCUGGGCCACAAACCCAGCCAACUACCAUCCCCACAGUGAUGCCCCAGCCAGAGAGCCCCUAUUCCCGGCCCCACGACUCACUCCCGCCACCAUCACCCAGAGCGCUUGUGCCUGCGCUGCGGCCUCGGGGCCCAGAGGGGGAAUAUGCAGUGCCCUUUGAUGCAGUGGCCCAAUCCUUGGGGAAGAGCUUAAGGGGAAUCAUGGCAGUCCCUCCCCAGCCCCCAGCUGACCCUCUGUAUGACAGCAUUGAGGAGCACCUGGCCCCCAGACCGGAACACAUAUAUGAUGAGCCUGAGGGAGUGGCUGCCCUCCCCCUGUAUGACAGCCCCCAGGGACCCCAGGGUGAGGCGUGGAGGAGGCAGGCCAAAGCUGACAGGGACCCCAGUGACCUUCAGCAUGUCUUCCCAGCCGGGCAGGACUUCUCUGCCUCUGGCUGGCCUCAGGGAACUGAGUAUGACAAUCUUGUACUCAAGAAAGGCCCAAAGUGAUGGGAGGGUGGAGGAGCUAUGGAUCACAUUGAAGGGCCAGUACAGAAGCAGUUCAGUGAUGAUGGGGAAGGGAGUUAGAAGGUGGUAAGGAGCGAGGAGCAGGCCUCCCCUUCCAGUUUUUGCUGCCCUUGACUCCUUUUGGUCACUGCAUUCAUAGGACGGACUCCCUCUGCCUCCUUCCUGUCCCCCCACCCCCACGCUGGGCUUGACCUGCCUUAGUUUGGUUUGACAAAUUGUCCCUCCCAGUGCCCGCUGGGUGAGUCACCAUACCAAAGCAAGAAGGGUGCCGGAGAGACCCACCCUCCUCCCACUCCUUUUCUACUUCCUCCACUCCCAACCCCCAGCCUGAGCAGAACCUGGGGCAUUUAGUGCAGAGGAUAAAAGGAUGUCAGCAAAUCACCCUAGUUCCUUGGCUUGUGCAGGCUCCCUGCAGGCCGAUGACCUCUGCAGGGGACAGCCGUGGCUCCAGACAGCUAGGAGGAUGGCUGCAGCUCUCUGUGGGGUUCAGACUUCUCUGUGGCAUUAAACAUCUCUGAAACA